CCAUUCAUUCACAGAAUUUUAAUUUUUAUCGACUAUUAGAGACUCAUUCUUAAACAUAAUUAGUUUAUAAAUAAUCCAGUGAAUUUAUUAAUUAAAUGAUCAAGUUCAUUUUAAUAUUAGUAGUUGUGGUCGCGGGUAUUGAAGCCGGUCCAGUGGCCCAACCAUUUACAUGUCCUCCCAAUGAUGAUUGUGUGAUCAGUCAGUGUCUGUACCCAAACCUGGAUGACUGCACGAAGUUCUGGCACUGCACUCAAGAUAAGAGACCUGUUAUGAAACAGUGUCCGUCAUCUCUCGAGUACAACGAUUUCAUCAAAGUCUGCGACUGGCCUUCGGACCAGACCUGCAAAUACGCCAACCCUUCCACUAUAGCACCGACAACUAAGCCGACAACUAAGGCCACACCUAAACCCACGACUCAACGACCGACAACUGAGGCGACGACACAGAAACAGACCACUCAAAGGCCAGCAACAACUGAGCCAACUCGAGUGCCCACAACUCAUAGCCCCUCCACCUCUGAGACAACCCGAGAACCCACAACUCAAAGGCCAACCACCGAAAGGCCCGCAACACCUGAGCCAACCCGCGAGCCCUCUACCCAAAGACCAACCACUUCUGAGCCCACCAGAGAACCCACCACUCAAAGCACCACCAUUUCCGAGCCAACCCGAGAGCCGUCCACCGAAAACCCUACCACUCCUGAUGUAACUGAAGAGCCCUCUACUGAAAACCCCACAACCCUUGAGCCCACCACUGAAAGGCCUACAACAAGUGAGCCAACCCGCGAGCCCUCUACUCAAAGCUCUACCAUUUCCUCGACCGAAAACCCCACGACUUCUGAACCUACCGAUGAACCCUCGACUGAAAACCCCACAACCCCUGAGCCAACUCAAGAGCCGUCCACCCAAAGCACCACUACCUCCGAGCCAACCCGCGAGCCCUCCACUCAAAGACCAACAACUGCUGAACCAACUCAAGAGCCGUCCACCGAAACCACAGUCACUAUUGAGCCGACCGACGAGCCCUCUACUGAAAACCCCACUACUCCUGAGCCAACUCCAGAACCCUCUACAUCUGAACCCACCCUCGAGCCCACGACCGAAAAGCCCACUACAUCUGAGCCAACCCGACAGCCAUCGACUGAAACACCAACCCAUGGAUCAACUGCUGUGACACAACCGGAACCGACAGAAGUGCCGACAACCACUCCAUUCGUGUGUCCCAUAGAAGACAUGGAGAAGGGCUGCAAAGGACCCAAAGACUGCUUAUAUCCUAACCCCGAGAGUUGUAACACAUUUAUCCAGUGCACAGUCAAUCCCGACGGCACCGGUACUCAAGUGGUGAUGCCGUGCGCUGUGGACUUGGAGUGGAACGACAACAAAAAGGAGUGCAGUUAUAAGAAUGAGUCCACCUGUCCCGAGACUCCCUGUCCAGAACCGACACCUCAGCCAACAUCCCGUCCCUCAACACAGAGACCUACUGUAGGGCCCACUCAGAGACCAACGACUGAAUCGGAUGUGACGACAGAAGAGACGACAACUCAAGAACCGGACGACACGACCACUGAGUCAGAGCCCGAGAGCUCCUCCACAACCGCACAGACAUCUGAAACCACUGUUGAGACCGACUAUCCAUCAGAGGAACCAACUGUCAGUUCGUCAACAGAGGGACAGACCAGUGAACAACCGAUUACGUCAACACCCGCUGAGACAACCACUGAAUCCGAUGUCACCACACAAUCGGAUAAACCAAUAGUAUCAUCGACAGCGCAGACAUCUCCAACACCUGCCCGGCCAUCAACACCCGAGCCCACACAGGGUUCAGGGUUUGUCUGUCCGGAAGAGGAUAUAGCAAACACUGGAUGCAAAGGACCCAAAGAUUGUUUGUAUCCCAACCCCGAGAACUGUCAGACAUUCAUUCAGUGCACAGUGAAUGCGGACAAUAAGACGGGCACUCCUGUGGUGAUGCCCUGUCCGGCAGGGCUCGAGUGGAACGACAACAUCAAGAGAUGUGAUUAUCCCGAGUCCUCCACUUGUCCUAAAGGGUCCACCGCUAGACCCACUGAACAAACAUCGGAAGCACCGGUAGAGACCACACAAGAAUCAGAAGCGCCAACCGUUCCAACCGAAGAGACCACACAAACACCUGAGGAAACGACUGCCAAUCCAUCGACUCAAUCAUCAACUGAGGGACAGACCAGUGAAGAACCGAUUACUACUUCAACACCGGAUCAGACGACCACUGAGUCUGAUAUCACCACAACUGAAGGAGAUGUGGACACAACCACCGAAACAGAAUCUGACAGCCCGUCCACCACAACAACCAGACAGCCAACUGAGUCCACUUCAGGCAAUCCAUCGACAGAUAGGCCGUCAACAUCACCAGUAGAGGUGUCCACUACUGAAGAGCCCACUGACACGACAACCCCUGAAGACGUCGACACGACUACAACAGAGGAACCAAUUGACAGCACGACCACAAGACAGCCUACAACUGGAGCACCGGUAACCGGGAGCACAGGUAGACCGCAGACAUCGACAACAGAAUAUACAUCACCAUUACCCUGGUCUACACCAAAGCCUACUCGUCCCCCAAUAUGCGAUCCGGAUGACGGUGCCGAUGCUGAUCUUGAUUUGAAAGCCUUGUGCGGCACCGGAUGCUCAUCACAGAGACUGAUAGCCAACCCCAACAGUCAACAGCGAUAUAUAGUCUGUAAUGGAGGCGAUAAUAACGGUGUGAAUAGUAUCCGCAAAUGUAGUCCAGGUUUGCUGUUUGACCCCAAAUACAAUACCUGUGACUACGCGGGUCUCGUCAACCCUACCGGCCCUCAAUAGAACUGGUAGUCAACAGAAUUGCAUUUAAUAUAGACUUCAAACAAAUUGUGUUUUUAAU